UUCUUCACAGGCACCUGCCAUUCUCGCUAACAGAGCACAGCCAUACCCAUCUAGGGUCUAUAUAUAUAUAUAUAUGGUGCUCCCCAUAUCUCAUCUUCCACCACAAAAUCCCAACUCAUUUUGCAGACACCAGUUCAACAAAAUCAAACACCCGGGAAACUAUAGUGGCAUAUAUAGUCCAAUGGCAUUAGAAAUUGAGAGCCACCGUGCCGGCGCAGAGGUCGUCAAUGGAGACGGCGUCUGCAGGAAGAGGUCCGUCGAGCUCCUGGAGGAGCUUGGCCUCCCAAAGGGCCUGCUGCCCCUGGAGGACAUCGAGGAAUUCGGCUACAACCGUCAGGAUGGGUUCAUGUGGCUGGUGCAGAGGAAGAAGAAGGUGGAGCACACCUUCAAGAAGAUCAAACAGACCGUGUCGUACGCCAGCGAGGUCACGGCUUUCGCUGAGAAGGGGAAGCUGAAGAACAUCGCCGGCGUCAAGACCAAAGAGCUGUUCCUAUGGCUCAGCGUGGUGGAGGUGUACGUUCCCGUGUCCUCGCCGGAGAAGGUCACCUUCAAGACCGGCACUGGACUCUCUGAUAGCUUUGAUGCCACUGCCUUCGCGCUUGGAGAAUGAUGGCCACAUCUGUAUCUUUAUUUUGCAUUACGAACCUGUAGCUGUCUUUCCUGGAUUAUGUUCUGUUCAUCAUAUUUGCUAGCAUAAGUUCAGUUCAUAAGAAGCUGUAAUAAUGGAAUACUCGCCGACAAGAUGCCAUGCAGAAAUUUACAGGUAUCGUGCUUUAUGAUUGGAAAAAAGAUGCAAAUGUAUUAUUGUCCUCGUUUCCAAUUCUAAA